AACUGCUUAUUUCCGGUGAUCCAACAACAAAUAAGGUUAGCUAACCAGACUAUGGUUGACUGGGCUUCCUUUUGCCGUGAGGUGGUGUACGACAGUAUGAUUGUCAGGAAGGUGAUGAUUGGUGGACACGGACAUACGGUUGAAAUCGACGAAUCAAAAUUUGGCAAAAGAAAGUACCAUCGAGGGCACCGAGUAGAAGGGCAAUGGGUUUUCGGCGGUUACGAACGAGAGACAGGUAAUUGUUUCAUGGUGCCAGUUGAAAAUCGUACCGCCGAAACACUAUUAAAAAUUAUUAAGGACUGGGUGAAACCUGGAACCACAAUAAUUUCAGAUUGUUGGAAGGCAUACAAUACUUUAAACAAUGAGGGCUACGUUCACCUUACG